CAUUGCCCAGCAAUGAAACGUGGUCUUCUUGAAGUCUUGUCUCAUGUAAAGUCCAUGAGCUCCUUUGGUAUUAACUUUAAAACCACGAUCUUGAACCAAUUUUUCUUCAUUAUAAGAAUCGAUUGAGUAAGAUAAUAGUCUACACGUGUCAUAUGUAGGAGUAUUCCAAUCAAUAAAAGCUUUUCCACACACUUCUCUCUCUUGCUAGCUCGCGUCCCAAAGAAAAUAAUAAUAAGAAUGAAUCUUGGAUCCCUCUUCAGUUCUUGGAUACUUUUUAAGUGAUUCGUCAAUUUGGUAAGUAUAAUUUAGCUGUUUCUUUUUUGAAUUUCUUGUUGAUUUUAGUUCUUUGAUGAGUAGCAUCCGCCCCAUGUAAUUUAAUUUUAUUUUGAAGAGGGAUUUUAAUUCUUGGGUGGAUUUAUUGGAGAAAAGUAGUAAUUUUGUUUGAUAUUUUAGAAAUCCCAUAUUUCACGAGGCUGAUAAGGGUUCCCUCAGAUCCGUGAAACCUAGGUAACAUGUGGCAAAAAGUCUCAAUCUUUAACGGUUUUCUUGUGAAUCUUGAACGCGUUUGAUUUCCUUUUUCCUAGGAUUUUUUCAUGAACCCCUUGUUAAAUUUACGGAUAAGGGAUUAUUUUGUCUUUUACUUCAUGUUCUUGAGUAUAUAAGUGUUGGUGGUGGAGGUGACAAUUUGGUGUUCUUGGAUGUAAUUCUCCUGGAGGAAGAAUUUGGAAAGUUCAGAUACUUGGAGAUACUUCGACUUUGCUCAGUCUCAAAUUCAUGUGUACGGAAGUUUGUAGGGAGUAAGGGACUAAAGUUAAAGAACUGAUUGAUCCAGUGUUUGGGGAGACUUGUUGGCAAGUUUGUGUUAGUUAUUCCAAGUUUUAGAAAGGGGGGAUGAUGGAGGAGAUGUCUCCAGCAGUUGCAGUUACUCUUAGCUUUGGUAAUUCUAUGUGUGAAAAUUCAGGAAUUGCAAACCAUGUGGAAAUCACACGACUCAAACUAGUGACAGACACGGCAAGCUUGCUGUCAGAUCCAGCACCAGUACCAAAUGAUAAUUCUAAUUCUAGUUCGGAUAAUGGGGUUACCGUAUCAAUGCCUGGAAGGAGUGAUGAGAAACCUGAUAUCUCACAGAUGAUACAGAAAGCUGAAAAUGGUCAACAUAUUCACAAUGCCGUGAUUCAAGAAACUGAAGAAGAUGAAAUCCUAUCAGCAGGAGACGACCCUAGCAUAAUUAAUAACUUGGAGUUGCUGCCCCUGGAUCCCACUUCAAACAUAAGUUUGCCUAUGAAUGCUACUUUAGGGGGAAGUUUCCCCAUUGCUGUCGAAAUUCAGGGCAUUGAGAAUGGUCAAAUAGUUGCAAAGGUCAUCAGUGUGGAGGAGAGACAUAUACAAAAGGAAUUAGCUGCUGAUAUCCUAACAAUACCUACUGAACCAACUGAAGAAUGUUCUAAUGGACCUACAAUAAAGGCGUCUGUAGUUGCUCUUCAGUUGCCCGGUGAGAAGGAUCCAUGCAAAGGAGGUGUUAAGAGUGUCUUUGAGUUGGAGUGUGUGCCAUUAUGGGGUUCAGUUUCUAUUUGCGGAGAUAGGCCAGAGAUGGAAGAUACUGUCAUGGCUGUACCUCAUUUUGUGAAAAUUCCCAUUAAAAUGCUCAUUGGUGAUCGUGUAAUAGAUGGGAUAAGUCAGACUUUAAAUCACUUGAGCUCUCAUUUUUUCGGGGUGUAUGAUGGUCAUGGUGGAGCUCAGGUUGCAAAUUAUUGUCGUGACCGUAUCCAUUUAGCUUUAGUAGAUGAGCUAAAAAAUUACAAGGAUGAUUUGAUGAAUGGAAGUACUAUAGACUCACGACAGGUGCACUGGGAAAAGGUCUUUACCAAUUGCUUUUGCAAGGUUGAUGAUGAAGUUGGGGGAAAAGCAAGCCGAAACAUCCCUAAUGAAAGUGUGGAUGAGCGUAUUACAACCUUUGAAGCUGUUGCCCCUGAAACUGUUGGGUCAACUGCUGUAGUUGCAGUGGUUUGUUCAUCUCAUAUCGUGGUUGCCAACUGCGGGGAUUCGAGAGCAGUUCUUUACCGUGGUAAAGAAGCAAUUGCAUUAUCAAUUGAUCAUAAACCAAAUCGAGAAGACGAAUAUGCUAGAAUUGAAGCUUCUGGAGGUAAAGUCAUACAGUGGAAUGGACACCGUGUUUUUGGCGUUCUUGCAAUGUCGAGGUCCGUUGGUGACAGAUUCUUGAAGCCAUGGAUUAUACCAGAACCAGAAGUCAUGUUUGUGCCACGGGCUCGAGAAGACGAGUGCCUCAUUUUGGCAAGUGACGGUUUGUGGGAUGUCAUGACGAAUGAGGAAGCAUGCGAAGCAGCUAGAAAGCGGAUUUUGUUUUGGCACAAAAAGAAUGGAACUAAUCCAAUGGUGGAGAGAGGCCAAGGAAUCGAUCCUGCAGCGCAAGCAGCAGCCGAGUACCUCUCGUCACUCGCUCUUCAAAAAGGGAGCAAUGAUAAUAUUUCUGUGAUUGUAGUGGACUUGAAAGCCCAAAGGAAGUUCAAGAACAAAUCAUGAUUGACAACCACUUUGUGCUUAUAUAGUUGUUCUAUGCAUCCAUCAUAAGCAUCUCAUUAGUACAUGAACAGUCCAUUAAUUUUACACAUGGGCUACAUGUAUGUUUGAGAGUAGUAUUUUAGCAUGUAAUAUAGAAGCAGUUAAGUAAAUGACCCAUGUCCAAAUUUUGGUUCAUGUAAAUUGAAUAUAUAUCUAUAUAUGUUGCAUAAAUAGUAGAAUUUUAAGCUUAAGAUCCUAUGUUUGUA